AGCAAUGCCUCAGUCAUGGUACAUGGGAUUAGUGUUAUGAUUUCUGUGACAUUAUUAUCAUUUGUCCGAGACGGGGAUGGUGAUGUCUCCGACGCUAUAGAUUCCGAUGAAGACAGUGCGCUGAAAGACGCAUUACUAUUGGUGGACAUCCUGAAAUCAGCAUACGUCAAAGUUUUAAAAGAAAAUGGAGAUCUUCGUGCGGGCUCUGAUACUACUGCAGAAUUAUCGACGUGUCCUACAACUAUAGCGACAAACACUACACCGAUAAGAAAUGUGUCAACAAUCCGUGUUCCACUCACUCAACCGAUAUCGUCGCCAGCAACAUGGGACGCCGUUAGCGACAAAAAUUCAUACAACUGGUCGCCACCACCUUUCUACCGUUCGAAUCCAAGGAACUAUAGAAGAUAUCCUCCGAUGUACUACAGACGCUACAUAAACAUGAACAGGCCAUUGGAUUAUUACUACUACGAUUUAGACAAGUUUCGACGGUUCAACUAUGAAGACGCAUUUGGAGCCCAUCCAAAUGAAACAGCUACUAAGGAUGUUGGGGCACAUAAGAAAACUACAUCAUCUAUUGGGACGACAUUUACUACAAUGGAAGCAAAAAUUACUAUGCCGACAUCGAUCCAGCCAAAAAUCCAAAGGAGUUUCAAGUCAGACGAAAUCAAUUUCACUAGGUAAACCCAAAAAAGUUUCUCAAAGUUCAGGAGAAGAAAACCAGAAAUUAAAAUUGAUGUUGCCGAGUCCUAAUGAAGACAUUACCACAGCAGAUCCUGUAAUAUCUCAAGUAGCGUCAGAACUUAUUAAUGAAUUUGGUUCUGGCCGUUCUAGCUUUCGACCAAAACAUUUGGAAAUUAUUAAAUUACCUAAUAGAAUUGCAAAACCAGGAGUGAAAGACGGUUGGUGGCAUCUUAAUCCUCCGAAAACAACUCUUCGAAUUCAUUUAAGCCGCAGCACAAAAUUUCCUAUCCCAUAUCCUGAUAACCAUGCAUUUUGUUACACUAAUCCAAAGAAUGCCCUUUGUCGCACAUUGAUAAAAUAACUUAACGGUAGAUCUAUGGAUAAAAUGUAUGUUGACCCACUUUGCUAUGAGACAGCGUAGGCCCUCUUCAAGAAACUUGUCAAAUAACAACGUAAUAAUAAAAGUUUUAACUGCAUCCUGAUAAAAUUUACUUCAUGUUUAUGCGAUUUUUUGACACAAA